ACCCGCGCCCGGCGGACCAAUGGCGGCCCGCGCAAACCGCGCGUCACUCCCGCGAUCGCCGCCGCCUCGGCCAAUGGGCGCGCGGCGCGCCGCGGCUCGGGUCACGUGGGACGAGGCCCCGCGCGGCGCGGGCGCGGGCGGCGCGGGCGCGGGAGGUGACGUCACGUUCGCGGGAAGCUUCGUGCCGGCGGCAGCGGCCGCGCUUAAAGGGACCCCGCCCCCCCCGGGGGCCGAACGGGGACAGCGGAAACCGAGACAGGACCGGGGAACCCCGGGGACCACCGGAAGGGGCCAGCGCCGGGGAACCCCGGGAUCGCUGCCGGCAGCCCCGCCGCGUGGAUGGGCCGCCUCUCGGGCACUCCGGGGCCCGGACACCCCGCACAGCCCUGACGAACCGGGCCGGACCGGGCAGGGAUCGGUGUCGAGCUGCAGAGACCCACCGGGAGCACGGAGUCCAACUCCGGGCCCUGCCCAGGACACCCCGACGAUGCCGCCUGUGCAUCCCUGGGAGCGGCGCUGGAGUUGCCUGGGGGUGCUGAUGUGAGCCCAGGCAGGGGCUGGGCUGUGCCCGAGGGGUCACAGAGCUGCCCUGGGGUCACCCCGAGAGACUCCCCACGAGGACAGCAGCUGCUCCAUCUGCUGAUCCCCAGCUUGGAUUGAUCCCAGGAGUUGCCCCAAGCCAGGUGCAGCUGCAGCACUGGGCCUGGUUAAACCUCAUGAGAUUCCCAUGAACUGGAGCUUUGCCCAAGUCCCUCUGGAUGGCAUCACAUUCCUCAGAUGUGUCACCCUCAGCCUGGUGUCACCUGCAAGCCUGCUGAGGCUGUACUCGAUUGCUUCAUCUAUGUCAUUAAUAAAGAUAACAUUUAAAUAAUACAUUAGGAAGAUGGGCUUAAAUGUGACAUUAAUGUAGGUUGUUAUUAUUUUUGGAACCCUCUGCCUCCUUCUGAGGAAUCAUGAUUUGGAAAAAAUGAAUUAUUGGCAGGGCAAACCCUCCUUCCAAGCACUGCUUUGCUCCUAUCAGAGCCCUCGGGCAGCAUGGCAAAGGUUAUGGAUCCUGUCCCAGGAGAACUCCCUGGAAGCAAAAGGAAUCAUUAUUCCAACUGUUUCCAGCACUGCCAAGUGGAGGAAAACCCACCCAGGACAGCUCUGACAGCACGAGGCUGAACAGCUCCAGAGACUCAGGGCUCACAUCAGAGUGGAUUUCAAACACCAUGGGCACCAAGAUUUUUAAGUGAAUUUAAAGCAGAGCUGGUGCUGAGAGGCUGCCCUGCCUCAGGCACCAGCUUUGUGGUGGAAUCCCUGCAAAACCUCAGCUGGAAGGGACCCAACCCUCCCUGGGCAUCACAGCCACACCAGGCAGCCACAGACUGAUCCCCAUGGCUGGGAAUACCCAGACCAGGCUCUGCUCAGUUUUGCUUUAGGAGUGAGGAGGGUCCAGCUCCCCCUCA